AUGGUUCGCAAAGACCCUAUCUUCGAAGCCCGCACCAAUGUCAAAGUAAGUCCCCGCACUCUCUGCUUCCCCUCCUCACAGAGUGCAUCCCCGCCUCUGCAUGAGGCCAUUGCUAAUCUUAUCUCCCAGUUACACUCCAAUAGACUCAAGAAAGAAGCCGUCCGAGCGGAGGCGACCUUCAAAUCUGAAAAGGCCAAAGCCGACAAAGCGAUGAAAAACCACGAGUUCCAGAUCGCCCGCAUCCACGCCGCCUCCGCCGUGCGCGAGAAGCGACGCCAAGUAACACUCAAAUCUGAAGCGGCACGCGCAGACGUCAUCAUCAACGAACUCAAGGCUGCCCAAAGCACCCGCGACACAUCCCGCACGCUUGCUCUGGCAUCACGGGGGCUAGACGCUGCCUCACGGAGCGUCAAUCUCGAACAUCUGGUCUCCCACGCUAACAACUUCCUCGCCCGGUCGGAGGACUUCAAGAUUGCUAGCAGUGCGAUCGAGGAUGUUGCACAGGGUAUAUCGAUGCAAGAAUACGGUGCAGAGGGUGAAGCCGACGUUGAUCGACUUAUGGAACAACUCGCAGAUGAUGCGGGUGUUGAUAUGCGCAGGAACCUUGAGGCGGACGCUGCACCCAAAGAGGAGGUCAAAGAGCCCAAGCAGGUGGAUGCCGAGGUUGAGGACGGUUUGGGUGCAAGGCUACGAGCUUUACGGGCUGCUAAUUGA